AUGAGCAGCCCCGAUGCGGGAUACGCCAGCAGCGACGACCAGGCUCCCGGCCCGUGCGCGCUCCCCCCGCUCAUGAUGCAGUGCCCGUGGGCAGAGGCGCUGAGCCCCCUGGCAGACGGCAAGGGCCAAGCCGAGGCGGCGGGCGACCCGGCGCAGCAGGGCCCCGCGGGCCGGCCCAAAGGCGAAGCCCGCAUCCGCCGCCCCAUGAACGCCUUCAUGGUGUGGGCCAAGGACGAGCGCAAGCGGCUGGCGCAGCAGAACCCGGACCUGCACAACGCCGAGCUGAGCAAGAUGCUGGGCCAGUCGUGGCGGGCGCUGUCGCUGCCCGAGAAGCGGCCCUUCGUGGACGAGGCGGAGCGGCUGCGCCUGCAGCACAUGCGCGACCACCCCAACUACAAGUACCGGCCGCGGCGCAGGAAGCAGGUGAAGCGGCUGAAGCGCGGCGACGGCGCGGCCGACGGAGGGGGCGGCUUCCUGCCGCCGCCCCCCCACCAGCACCCCCAGCAGCAGCAGCAGCAGCACCCCCACCCGCUGGGCCUGCCCGCCGACGGCUGCGAGGGCCUGGGCCUGCCCUACCCCGAGCAGGCCGCCUUCGGGGGCUUCCCCUACCGGGACUGCGCCGCCCUGCCGCUGCCCGCCUUCGGGGCCCACUUCGGCGGCUACAACCUCCCCACCCCGGAGCCGGAGGGCGGCGCCUGCGCGGAGCCCGCCUUCUUCCCGCCGCCCGAGGAGGGCGCCUGCCUGCUGGGGCCCUACGGCUACCCCACGCCGCCCGGGGCCGAGUAUCCCUGCCACAGCGCCCCCUCCGGCGGCGGCGGCAGCAGCAGCGCCGGCCUCUUCCGCGGCCGCUUCCCGGCGCCUCUGGCCGCCUUCUCCUCCUCCUCCUCCUCGUCGCCCGCUCAGGAUCCCGCGCAGCCGCCGCCAAGGCGCGGGGACGCGGCCGUCGGCCUGGAGCCCCUCCCCGCGCACGACGUGGAGCUGCUGGCCGACGUGGACCGCGCCGAGUUCGAGCAGUACCUGCCCUUCGGCUGCCGGCCUGCGGAGCUGGGACUCGCCUACCCGGGCCACGAGGCCGCCGAGGCCGGACCCGCCACGGCCGCCGCCGCCUACUACUGCGCCGCCGCGGGCGGGGGCGGGGCCUACCCGGAGCUGUGA